CGUUGCCUGAUUCGUGAGUUUAGCGAUCGGGCGAAGGCGGCCUAGUGAACUCUGUGUCCAGUGCUCCAGCCGAGGGAUCUCGGGAGACCUUCAUCCACGUCGCCACCAUGCCUAAUUUCUCCGGCAACUGGAAGAUCACCCAGUCGGAAAACUUCGAGGAUUUGCUCAAAGCUCUAGGGGUGAAUGUGAUGCUGAGGAAGAUCGCUGUGGCUGCAGCGUCCAAGCCAACAGUGGAGAUCAAACAGGAGGGAGACACUUUCUACAUCAAAACAUCCACCACCGUGCGUACCACGGAGAUUAACUUCAAGGUUGGGGAAGAGUUUGAGGAGCAGACUGUGGAUGGCAGACCCUGUAAGAGCCUGGUGAAAUGGGAGAGGGAGAACAAACUGGUCUGUGAGCAGAGGCUUCUGAAGGGAGAAGGCCCCAAGACCUCCUGGACCAGAGAGCUGACCAACGACGGAGAGCUGAUCCUGACUAUGACGGCAGAUGACGUGGUGUGCACCAGGGUCUACGUCCGAGAGUGAGUGGCCGUGCAUCCAAGAGCUGCCCAGGCCUGCAUCCAGCCCAGGCCCAUCACCCUGCUUCACUGCCCCGUAGGCCACCCUCUCCCUUCCAUUCCCUCUUUCUAAACUAGCUCUCCCCUUACCCUGGUCACUUCUGGGAUCCACUGGGAGGCCUCCUGCAGGGUCUUUAUAUUUUUCUGACCCCUUUUCCCCUCCCCUACACCACCAAAGAGGGAUGGAUUGCAAGAGCCCAGAUUACCCAUUCCGGAAUCACUGCCCCCCUUCCCCAAGUCAACCCCACCCCCAAACCAGAGUCUCUGCUGGAGGGCUUAAGGGCCAGAGUAGAAAAGACUGGCCCUCUGGCUUCCACUCUUUGUUCCU